AUGCGUCUCCCCUACGCUCCGUCAACCCCGCCCGCCGCGGAUGAUGCCGACACCGCCGAAAUCUAUGCCCGCAUCGCUGCGCGGCGAAACCCGCGCCCUCUAAUUCCGCUCGACCUGUCGCUGCUGCAUAGUCCACCCGUCGCCGAUGGCUGGAACAGCUUCCUCGGCGCCAUCCGCACGCGCACCAUUGUUGAUCUGGGCCUCCUCGAGCUCGCCGUGUGCCGAGUCGCCGUGUUGAACGGGGCGGUCUAUGAGUGGAACGCUCAUGCCCCUCUCGCUCUGAAGGGCGGGGUCCAGCCCGAUCAGCUCCAAGCCGCCCGCACGCUGCCCUGCACCGCCGAGGGUGAUGUGACCGAGUUAGAGACAAGUCCAUUGACGCCGACACAGCGCGCGGUCCUGCGAUACACCGACCAGAUGACACGCACCAUCAAGGUCCAGGACGCGGUGUUUGCCCAGCUGCAGACUGUGGGCCUCAACGACCGCGAGAUCGUCGAACUCACCACCGGCAUUGCGGGCUAUAACUGCGUGAGCCGUUUUCUAGUGGCCCUCGAUGUGGGCGAGAACAACGACCGGGAGAUGAAGAGCGUGGAUGAAUUAGUGGCGGCCCUGAAAUAA